AUGGCGCGAACCGUACAAGCCAUAGCUCCCACUCACCCCGGACCGGAGGAGCCGUGUCCACACCCCAUCGGCGAGAGGCCAGGCGGCUCCGGGCUCGUCGCCGACCUGAGCCCCGUGUGCGUGUACCUCGGCGAGGACUUAGCCAUCAAGUGUCCCCGGAGCUACUGCUGCAGGGCGAAUGACUCGCUGGACCCGCAGUGGCGCAACACCUACGAUGCUAUGUUGUGCUGGAAGACAUGCCUUAUCUACGAGCAGAUCAACACGACAUGCCCCCGACUGGUCCCGUAA